UUCAUCCAUGCCACCAAAACUCCAGAUUGAUGCUGCACUGCCUGAGUGGAAAUUGCUCCUUUAAUUCACCACCAGAAAAGAGAAUUUCCUCCCUCCUCCUCGUCUUCCUCCUCCUCCUCCUCCUGGGUGGAUGAAACCAGAUCAAAACCUCAAACCAAUCCUUGCACCAGCAGGAACUCCAAAGGUAGAUUUGGGAGGGGUUGGAGGGAGAUAUAAAUGCUGAUAGCUGGAGACACAGAGCAACACUGACCUGCAGAGACUUAAGGGAAGAGGGAUCAGACACCAAACAUGAACCUGAAACUCCUUUUUUGCCCUGGAUUCCUUCUGCUGCUCAUUGUCAGUCAAAACCAGGCAGGGGCCAGAUCCAUCUCCAGCUUACAGAGCGUGUCCAAAUUGCUGGAUGAGGACCUGGAGCAUCCCCUGGUGUCAGAAGAGUGGGAGCAUGAGCAGGACGAGCUGAUGGCAGGAGAUGUCCUUGAUCAGCCAGAUACUGAACUGCAGUGGGUGCAAAGCACCAGGGAGCAGCCCAGGGACGUUCCCGUGGCUGAUGCUGCUGCCACCCAGAGAUUCCUCAGCCACCUCCUGAGCUCACCCCGCAGAUACCAGGGCAGAAGGAAAAAGGGGCUCCCCAAACCACACAGGGGCUGUUUUGGUGUCAGACUGGACAGAAUUGGGUCACUGAGUGGAUUAGGAUGCUGACUCUGCUGUGGUAAGAGAGAGGCAGAGGCUGCUGGUGUGUGUUCAUUUACAGCUUGCAGAAAUAUGCAAAAGAGCAGAGUUAGUUCAGCUUUAAGGAAAUGGUGCCUUAAAGUUAAGAUUCCCCCUCCUAUCACAAACAGAAUUUUUUAUUUUACUUUCCUCAGAAUUCACUGCCACCAGAUGUAGAUUUAAAACCUGUGAAUGCCACUCCUCUGUUUUAUUUGCUUUCCCUCCUUUCUCUGAGUCAGCUGUGAGCAUUUCAUCUUAGAAAAUCAGAGAGGUUUUUCCUCUCUGCUCCCCAGGGAUAAUUGCUUCAAUCCAAACAAACUCUAAGCACAGCAGUGGAGCUAAAUCUGCCCUUAGAACAGCAAGAAAACAGUUAAUUUCCAUAUGUGAAACCCUUUAUACUUCUCUUUCUAUUUCUUAUUGAUCUUCUUUAUUGACAGGAUAACUUUGGGGUUUCAAACACCCCUUGCCUGCUACAGAUCUACUCUGUACUGAGCAAACAAACCCACUUCUCCCAUGAUUUACUUGUCCAACAAAAUGCACCUUUGCUGUACUGCCUGUUUGUAUCAGAGUAUUUAUUUGUCAACAUCUAUCUGAAAAUUAAUUGCAGAAAACUACAUUUGUACUCUUUGUUUACUGACUGUAUAAAUAAACAAGUCUCAUUAUGUCACAGGUAAUAAACUGUUUUCCAUAAUGUAAUGAA